AUGGCUGCUUCAACCGCCGACUCCGUGAAACAUCUGCGGCCGCCUCUUUCUCGAGAAGCUCGCAAGAUCUCCCAUUCACGUUCGGCUACCGAGUCUUUAGUUGACCACAAGCAAGAUGAAGUCUUAACUACCUCCCCGGAAGAAAGUGAUCGGGAUGACGAACCUCGUGUGAAGCACCCAAUGGUACGCAAGAAGUCAGGAGAGCUCGUUCGGCCCGCUCUUCGUCCAGCUUCGGCUCGACGGCGUCCGUCCAGCAUGCCAGGAACGCCGACAUUUUCCAAGGCUGUGCACUUCGAUGCUCAAUUGGAGCAUAUCCGGCACUUUCUGCAGUUGGACAAACCCCAAGCUGUCAGUGCUGACACAUCUCCUGUCGACGACUAUGAUGCUGCCGGGGAGUUUCCUUUCCGUCACACACCUCAUGACAGCACUUCGGAAUGGGAGAUCACGCUCAACAACUUCCCUACUGAUGUCUCCUCCCGCGCCCAUCAGCGUGUCCGCCUGGAACGUCUAUAUCUCUCUCCUGACAAGCAUACCCUGAUCGGUGUUGUGGCUGUUGCUAACUUGGCCUUUCACAAACAUGUUGCGGCUCGUUUCACCCUGGAUCAUUGGAAAACGGUAUCAGAAGUAACCGCAGAGUACAACAACCAAUCCCGACGGGAGCAUGCCCACGAUGCUUAUGACAGGUUUUCAUUUAAUAUCAAGCUGAAUGAUCAGACAAACCUUGAAAAGAAGACGAUGUUUGUGUGCAUACGCUACAAUGUCGAAGGCCAAGAGUAUUGGGACAACAACCAUCACAAGAACUUUCAAGUCAAUUUCACAAAGAUCAUGAAACCAAAGGUCGGGCAGACGAACCCACAGCCAACGAAGCCUCGCACCGCGUUGCCUCGCAGCAGGAGCUUUGUGGUGUCCACCACUCGUCCCCAUUCGAUGCCUUCGUCGUUUAGCAACUUUUCCGAGAUGGAUAAGUAUGUGUCUUUCGGCAACUCACCCAAGGCCGCCAAGGAAACUCAAUUGUGUGAUGAUGAGCCGCAUGAUGUUGAGGUUGCUGCUCCCAUUCGUCGUGAUAAGCAGAAUCAUCAGGUCUUUGGCAACCGCUAUGAUUUUGAGGCAUCAUUGACGGCGGCUAUGAAGACCAAACCGACGCAUGACCGAACAACCUUGGCCGCCCGCGCCAAAUCUAAUCCCUCGCCGCAUGGUCAUCAUCAGCAGACUUCAGAGAAGCGGAUGAGUCCUCGUGAUAACAUCUCCAGCCAUGCAAACGGCAAUGGCCAUCAAACAAGUUCUGUGUCCAGUCACAAACCCUCCACCCUAGUAUCGAGCAAACCACAUCGCGAGUCCUCCGUAUAUAAGGAGCUGGUGGAUAAGUAUUGUUUCUUCGGCUCGCCCAACUUCUCGACGGACGGGAACGAUUCCACGGCCGUCAAGGACUUUGCAAGCCGAACAAGCUCCAGCAGCAGUUCCAGCGCAGGUUCUCCAUGCUCGUCACCUCACCUCGAGGCGGCAUAUGGUGCCGAUUCACGAACUUCCUCCCCUAGUCACAUCGGAUACCCCUACAUUCAGAAUAAUUUCCUCAAAGAGACCAACACCCCAGCAAUUAUCCAAGGAUGA